UUAUGGGGGAGGAUUCGGAAGCAUGCGUUUGUGUCUGGGAAUGCUUUCUGUUGGGGAGAGCAAGAAAGAGAGCGCCUGCCCGGGUAGACUUCUCUCCCCCUUUCGGGUGAGGGUGAGAGAGAAGUUGACUUUGCUGCUUCUCAGACUUGCACGUCAGGGGUAAUCUCCAGAGAUUUAGUCUGAUACCAUGAGCUCCGAAGCAGAGGAAUCUAAAGAAGUGGCAACAGAUGUCUUCAGUUCAAAAGGUUUGGCCAUUCAGGCCCAGAAGAAAAUUCUUGGCAAAAUGGCAUCCAAAUCAAUAGCAAAUGCUCUGAUAGAUGACACUAGCAGUGAUGUGUUAGAUGAACUCUACAGAGUGACAAAGGAAUACAUACAAAACAAGAAGGAGGCAGAGAAAAUAAUUAAAAAUCUUAUCAAAACUGUUAUCAAGCUAGCGAUCCUUUACAGAAAUAACCAAUUCAAUCAAGAAGAGAUCGUUCUUAUGGAGAAAUUCAAGAAGAAGGUUCACCAGCUUUCUAAAACUGUAGUUAGCUUCCAUCAAGUGGAUUAUACCUUUGAUAGAAAUUUUUUAUCAAAACUGUUGAAUGACUGCAGAGGUCUUCUUCAUCAAAUCAUCCAGCGUCACCUAACUGCUAAAUCACAUGGGCGUGUCAACAAUGUCUUUGAUCACUUCUCAGAUUGUGAAUUUCUGGCUGCUUUGUAUAAUCCAUUUGGACCCUACAGGUCUCACUUGCAGAAACUUUGUGAUGGUGUCAACAAAAUGCUAGAUGAUGGAAAUAUAUAAAUAACUGCAACAGAUUAUAUAUUCAUAGACUGAGGAUGACUUAUGUCAUUAAUUUCAUGAAGGAAGGUGAAGGGGGGAAAUGUUACAUGUAUAGUGAUAAGAGGCAAAUGUCUCAAACAUCAAACAAAAUAUUAUAACAUUUCUUACCAGCGGACCCAUUUAUUUGAAGUCUCCCAUUUCUGUUUUCAGAAAUGCUCUUUGACGUGCUUGGCUUUAAGAUAUGGAGUAUAAAAGCAUGUAAUAGGACUGUUCAAGUGAAAUUGGCCUUUUUGUAAUAUAGGCAAGAAUGUUGUAAAGCUAGAAAAUCCAAAUGCAUAUUUCUUGUAGAAAUAUUUAUAAUCUAUCAAAAGAUCAGUAUUUUUAUAUAUAAGAUUUAUAACAAUGGCACAUAACUGGAUUUACAUUUACAAAAACUAUUUUAAUUAAUUUAGAUUCAUAUAUGCUGGCUAGAUACUUAGGUCACAUUGUCUUUGGUUUCUAGGACUCAUCUACAUGUAAAAUAGUUGUGAACAACCCAAUCACUUUUGAAAUGUGCAGGCUGCUGCCAAAUGUGAAGCACAUCAGUGUAAAUGAACAUCUCUGCUUGUUUGCAUAUACAUAGUUUCCAUGUUGUUCUUCAAGCUUCUACCAUGAGCCUAACACAUAGGGGUACUGUUUCACUGGAAGUGCUGUGUGAUUUUUACACCAAACUUUGCUUUAUUAAUCUAAUACAAUAGUUCUGCAUUAUCAAGUGAUUAGAGCGGUUUGGGGAACUUUUGUGAGAAAGUGCAUGGGAAAGAAUAACAAUCUGCGACAAUAUGAGUUCUAGAACUGAUGUCACUGCAUCAGUGAUUCUUAAGAACUUCCUUAAUCUCUGUGGUAACAAUCACAGUGACUGGGGGAAUUCCUAUCACAGAAAUGACAAUUGGAAGUGUUGUUACUCAAUCCGUCAUUGCCCUCCACCAUUCAGUUACCCAAGACAGAAGGGAAUGAAAGGUUGCCUGCCCAGGGCAGGCAACUGGCAGUCCUAUAUGGGAAUGACUGAUUCUGUAUUAUUGCUUUUUAAAAUAAGCUACUGUUACAAAGGAUGGUCAGAAAAUCUGCAUGCCUAGUAGUGUUGCCAUCAAAGAAAGCAUUGUUAUUGUCAAAGUAAUCACAUGCGUAUGUGUGUUUUCUCCCUUCUCCUGCAAAUAAUAUAGAUCUUUAUGAAACAAAGUUAGUUUAAUACAAAAUUACUGCUACUGCUUGAAUGGUUUGAAGUUAAAUAGUAACUAGUUAUUUACAUAUAUUCUCAUAAUGUUUUGGAGCUUGCACAGCAUGUAUAUGUAAUUCUUCAGUCUUCAAAAACCACUUGCUUAUUUCCAUAGAGGAAGUUCUAAGUGUUUGAAUCUGUCUAUGAUAGUGAAUGAGAGCCUGUGAACAUGAGUUAUUUGCAUGUAUAUCUAAUUACUCUAUGACAGAAAAAUGGCAAUCCUCAUAAGAAUUUAUGGGUGGUAAUGUUAUCUUAGAAACAGUAAGUAUCUGAAACAAAUACUAAGUGGAAUUCUGGUCAUUAUCAUUAAAAACAAAAUCGGUGUGUAUAACCUAGGAUAAUUGUACAGUACAUAUGCAAAAAAAAAGAGCAUUGACAAGUGCUGUUCACUUAAAUGCUGGUACUAUUUUUGUGGUUAAAGAGUGAAAACAGUGUGCACUCUACAUUUUCUGCAUGAAUUUGUGAAGCAAAUCCUAAAAUAUAUAUUUAGUGGCUACAUAAUUCAGUGCAAACUGUGGUGGAAUUACAACUUGACAAUUGACUAAUGACUGAGGUUUGUUUUUUUCUAUUUCUCUUUAUGUGAUUGCCUUGUACUAUAUUUUUCAACAGAUGUGCUUUUUGUAAGGAAAAAAAUCUGAUUCCGUGAGUUCCCUCGUAGUCAUUGUUGAAAUUAAAUACCAUUUUAGAUACAAAAAUUGCAUUGAAGUGGACAAAACACAGAAAUUAUAGUUUGAAUUCAGAUGCUGGAAA